CUAUAUAUAGAAUCCACCACUCUGAGCCAAAGAGCCGUCCCGUGAGUGAGGUCUCUUGGGUUUGCAGCCACCAUCACCCCUCCUCGACCCCCCAUCCACCCUUCGGCCAUGGAACCACGGGCUCAGCCACCGCCUUUUCCUUCGCCUCUUCCGUUGAGAACCACCUCCUCCAACAUCCCUACCACCCUUCUCAACAGGUACGAGCUCGGCAAAUUACUGGGCCGCGGCAGCUUCGCUAAGGUUUACGCUGCCCGUUCUCUGAUGGACAACAAGCCCGUUGCUAUAAAGAUUAUUGACAAAACACGCACGGUGGACGCUGCCAUGGAGCCCCGUAUAAUAUGCGAGAUCUCUGCCAUGCGCCGCCUCCAGCACCAUCCGAAUAUUCUUAAAAUCCAUGAAGUGAUGGCCACCAAGACCAAAAUCUACAUAGUCGUGGAGCUUGCCAUGGGUGGCGAGCUCUUCUCCAAGGUUCUCCAGCGUGGUAAACUCAAGGAAUCUAGGGCCCGCCGGUACUUUCAACAGCUCGUGUCUGCUCUCCACUUCUGCCACCAGAACGGCGUCGCUCACCGCGAUGUCAAGCCUCAGAAUCUCCUCCUUGACGAGAAUGGUAAUCUAAAAGUAUCAGAUUUCGGUCUCUCGGCCUUGGCCGAGGCGCAAAAUGGCGUUGUCCUUCAGACGGCUUGUGGGACCCCAGCUUUCACCGCGCCGGAGGUGAUAGCACGGCAGGGCUAUGAUGGUGCGAAAGUGGACGCGUGGUCUUGCGGUGUCAUUCUCUUCUUUUUACUAUCAGCACAAUUGCCCUUUGAUGAUACGAAUCUUGCAGCCAUGUACAAGAAAAUUCAUCGAAGAGAAUACCAAAUGCCUUCUCCUAUCACAAAACCAGCUAAAUCGAUUAUAGCCCGGCUUCUUGACCCGAAUCCCUCUAAAAGAAUGAGCAUACAAGAACUAAUGAACCAUUCUUGGUUCCUGAAGAAUUAUGAAAUACCAACUCAGAGUAGCAUGUUCGAAUUAGAACAUGCAAAAUAUUGUAAAUUUGAUACUUCAGAAGUUAAUGCAUUUCAUAUAAUAUCUUUAUCUUCGGGGUUGGAUCUAUCCGGCCUCCUUGAGGUUAAAAGUAAAAGAGAGAAGAGGUUUACUUCAAGGGAGACGGUGGAGAGAAUAGUGGAGAGAGUAAGAGAGGUUGGAGAAAAAUUAGGAUAUAGAAUUGAGGAAGGAAAGGGUAGGGCAAUUGGAUUGGGCAAGGGGAGGUUGCUUCUGGUAUUGGAGGCGUUGGAAAUAGCAGAGAAGCUAUUGGUGGUGGAAGUGAAGGUGGUGGGGGGUGAUGGGGCGGAGUUUGAGGAAUUUCAUUGGGGGGAGUUGAAGGAUGGGCUUCAAGAUGUUGUUCUUCAAUGGCAUAAUGAUUCUAUGUGAAAAGAUGAUGCUUUUUCUUGAAGGCAUAUGGGGGGGAAUGCUCGAUCUGAUGGAACAUGGAUGGAGAACACUGGCUGAUCUUUGUACAUGGGACUAUUCUGUAGUUUCACCCAAUACUUUAUCUUUAGCGUUUAGUUGUAUUAGCUAGGCUGGAUCAUGAUCCUUCCUAUACUAAGUUUGUAAAUUCAGUCUUAAUUUAGUUUGAUUGACAUUUGAAUUA